UGCUGUAAAUGUAAAGUACAUGUGGGUUUUAAAGACUACACCAAAAAUAGACAGGAAAAAAGUCAUGGAGGCAGAUAUAAUAGCAGAUCUUCGAUGCAAGCUCAAAGAGGUUGAAGAAGAGCGACUAAAAGCUGCGCAGUAUGGUUUACAACUAGUGGAGAGCCAGAAUGAAUUGCAGAAUCAAUUAGAUAAAUGUCGUAAUGAAAUGAUGACCAUGACUGAGAAUUAUGAACAAGAAAAAUAUACUCUUCAGAGAGAAGUUGAACUCAAGAGUCGAAUGUUAGAAAGUUUGAGCUCUGAAUGUGAAGCUAUUAAACAACAACAGAAAAUGCACCUGGAGAAAUUAGAAGAACAACUGAGCAGAAGUCAUGGGCAGGAAGUGAAUGAACUAAAAAAUAAGUUAGAAAAACUGAAAGCCGAAUUAGAUGAAGCUAGGCUUAGUGAAAAGCAGCUGAAGCACAAAGUGGAUCAUCAAAAGGAACUCCUUUCUUGUAAAUCAGAGGAAAUGCGAAUAAUGUCUGAACGUGUACAUGAAAGCAUGUCUUCGGAGAUGUUGGCUCUUCAGAUUGAGCUGAGUGAAAUGGAAAGUAUGAAGACCAACCUCAAAGAAGAAGUGAAUGAACUACAGUACAGACAAGAACAAUUAGAACUUCUAAAUACUAAUUUAAUGCGCCAGGUAGACCGGCUUAAAGAGGAAAAAGAAGAGCGAGAGAAAGAAGCAGUUUCUUACUAUAAUGCCUUAGAGAAAGCUCGUGUGGCAAAUCAAGAUCUUCAGGUGCAGCUAGACCAGGCACUCCAGCAAGCCUUGGACCCUAACAGUAAAGGCAACUCUUUGUUUGCAGAGGUGGAAGACCGAAGGGCGGCAAUGGAACGUCAGCUUAUCAGCAUGAAAGUCAAGUAUCAGUCACUAAAGAAGCAAAAUGCAUUUAAUAGAGAACAGAUGCAAAGAAUGAAGUUACAAAUCGCCACAUUACUACAAAUGAAAGGGUCUCAAGCUGAAUUUGAACAGCAGGAAAGGUUACUUGCCAUGUUGGAGCAGAAGAAUGGUGAAAUUAAACAUCUCUUAGGUGAAAUUAGGAAUCUGGAGAAAUUUAAGAGUUUAUAUGAAAGUAUGGAAUCUAAGCCUUCAGCCAGCUCUGUUGCUCUGGAAGAUGACACCUAUUACACAGAUUUACUUCAAAUAAAGCUUGACAACUUAAACAAAGAAAAUGAAAGCGCUAAAGGUGAAUUGUCCAUUCAGCGAAUGAAAGCCUUAUUUGAGAGCCAACGGGCUCUGGAUAUCGAACGAAAACUUUUUUUGAAUGAAAGGUGCCUCCAGCUUUCCCAAAGUGAAAAUAUGAAACUGAGAGCUAAACUAGAUGAAUUAAAACUGAAGUAUGAACCUGAAGAGAAAAUUGAAGUGCCUGUACUCAAAAAGAGGCGUGAGGUACUGCCUGUGGAUAUAACCACCCCUAACAAUGUAUGUGCCACCAGUGCUGUUGGGGAAGAAGUUUAUAGAUUACCACCUCAGAAAGAGGAGGCACAGUUCUGUCCUAACAAUUUAGAAGAUAACAACUUGCAGUUAGAAAAGACAGUUUCUGUAAGCACAUCAGGAAAUAUUCUCUCUCCUCACAAAAAGCUGCCCGUGGAUAUUCAGCCAAGGAAGGAAAAGAAAUGUGUGAAACUUGUAGGAGUUCCAGCUGACUUGGAAGCCUUAAGUGAAAGAAGUGGAAACACCCCUAACUCUCCCAGGUUAGCUGCUGAAUCAAGGCUUCAAACAGAAGUUAAAGAAUGGAAAGAAACUGCAAGCAAAUUGGAAAAGGAAACUUGUAAGAAAUCACACCCUAUUGUAUAUGUGUCCUCCAAAUCAACUCCAGAGACCCAGUGCCCUCAGCAGUAAAGACUUUUCUUUAAUGAGAGGAAGGUACCACUUGCCCAAAAGAUUGCUCUGGAGCUUAGUUAAGAUUGUCUUUAUGUGAAGUAUACCAUCUUGUAGGUUAUUUCCUUCUUCUCAUUGUGCCAGGAACUGACAUUUUCUUGCUUCUUGGACCAAACAUUCAAAAUGUGGUUGUGAUUCUAACCAGGAGAGUUUUUUUAAGUGAUGAACUAUGAAUCACAAUGAAUAAACCAUUAACUGAAGGAAAGUGUUAUUACAAAUCUAUUGGUUACUUUGUAUAUAGAUUUUUAAAGUACCUUCAGAGCCAUAUAUAUUUGAAAAGAGAACACAUUAACUAUUAUAUUUUCCUGUGUACAUUUUUAUGAACUGUAGUUUUUCACUGUUGUGAAAAUAGAAAACUUGAUUUAAAAACAUAUACCAUAUUGUAACUAGAUUUUGUCAGUUGUUUAAAGCACGUAUGUUCAUCUUUGUAUUCAUAUACAUGAUUUAAAUUUUAUGUCUCAAUUACAUGAAAAAAUAAUUUUGAAAUUUAAAAUAA